AUGGCAAUUUUCUGGGAAUUAUUGAAAAAGAACGAUCCAUUUUUACAAGAACAUCUGAAUAAAUACGGAAAUUGUGGAAAUGGCAAUGUCAAUUAUCUCUCUUCUACUGCGUAUGAAGAAUUUAUAGAAGAAAUAGGAAAAACAGUGCAAAGUGAAAUAUUAAAACAUAUAAAGAAAGCUAAGUUUGAUUCAGUGUCAUUGGAUGGAACAAAAGAUAGAGGUCAUAAUGAUCAAUUAACAAUUAUUUAUAGAUAUGUGGAAGAUGAUAAACCAGUUGAACGAUUUUUCAAAUUUUUUUGUAAUCAGAAACAUAAAGCACAAGAUAUGCUCAAUGUCUUAAUAACAACACUUGAAGAAAAUGAUUUAGGUAUUGCAAAUUGUAGAAGUCAAUCUUACGACAAUGCUUCAGCAAUGAAUGGCAAAUAUAAUGGAUUACAGGCUUUAAUCAGGAAGAAAAAUGUUUUGGCAAUCUGGGUUCCAUGUUUUGGGCACUUGCUAAAUCUGACUGGUGAAGGAGCUUCAAUAGCAUCAAAAGCUUCCACCUCUUUUUUCAUGUUCUUAGAAGGCUUAUUUGUAUACUUUGUAGCAUCGGACAUUCGAUGGGGAUUGCAUGAAAAAAUAAAAAAACCUGAAUUCGCUGAUAAGGGAAGAGUAAGAGUUCCUAAAAGGAUCGAAUGCACGCGUUGGUCUAUUCGCGGAGAAGCCUGUGAUGCAUUUAUUAGGAGCUAUAUACCAAUAUUAGAAACUCUAUCUAUCAUAAAAGAUGACAGAGAUAAUGUCUACGGAAGUAAAGCACAAUGUGAAGCUGACGGACUUCUCACAAAAAUGUGUCUUCUUGAAACCGGCAUCAUGGCUUCUUUCUGGAAUGAUGUUUUGAUAAUUUUAAAUAAUACAAGUAACACGAUACAAAGUCCUAAGAUACUUAUAAAUACAGCUACAUCGUGCGUCAGGUCAUUGCGAAAUAUUGUAGCAGAAAAAAUAUCUUCUUUUGCUUAUUAUGAAAAUUUAGGUAAGGAAUUAACCAACGUUUCAGAAUACAAACAAAAUCGUGGCCAUCGUAGGAAUGCAAGAUUGAAUUCUUUAGACUAUGCUAAAACACUGGAAGUUUCUCCUGAACCAUCUGAGUUAUUUCGUACAGCUGAAUUUAUUCCACUAAUUGAUACUUUCGUAAGUGCUCUAGAAAUGCAAAUCUCUGCCUAUACAGAAAUGGAAUUGCGAUUUGGUUUUUUAUCAAAUUUUCAUCAAAUUAGCAGAUUGCAAAUAUCAAUAUGUGCAAAAAGAUUACUUGAUAUCUACAAAGACGAUCUAGAGUCUAAUCUUGAGAUGGAGCUUUUACAAUUCCAAGAGUUUUGUUCUGAUUUGUUAGAAUUUGAUCCAGAAAAGUCAUCUAGAGAACAAGCCAUGUAUACUUUGAUAAUUCACAAAGAAGUUCAUGAGUCGUUUCCCAAUGUUGAAAUACAUUUGCGCAUGUAUUUAACCAUAAUGAUUAGUAAUUGUACUGGAGAAAGAUCAUUCUCAAAAUUAGAUUUGAUAAAAGAUGUGCUAAGAACAUCUAUGACGCAAAGACGUUUGAACUAUUUGACUGUUAUGUGCACAGAACGUUAUAUAGUUCGUCAAAUAGAUAUUGACACGCUUAUUAGAAUUUUUGCAAAGAAGAAAGCACGAAAAGUUUAUAUUUAA